AUGGCAGGUAUCGCUGGAUACACAGAGGCUCAGCUCGUGGUGCUUGGAUUAAGUGUUGUGGUAGUGGCCGUAGCUCUGCUCUCGUACUUCGUGGUGGCACCAGAGUACCAAAAGCACCUGGAAAAACAGUACGCAGCACUGGCGCACGCGUCCUCGAAGCGGCAGCUAGAUGAUCAACAGGCGCUGCUCGCGCGAAUGCAAUUGCGCAAGCACAAGUCACUCGGUGCCUGGGACAUUGAGUCGGGCUCAAGCGACGACGAUGGACGACAUCGCUGCAGCUUGCAGCGGCGACACUCGCAUAUGCGACCCGCUCCUGCCAGUAUCUCUUCACCAAGGGACAUGGUCACCAUGGCGGCUCAACUUGCACGAAAAGAACGCAAUGCACGUCGCCGCAAAAGCGAGAGUGAUGCGCUCAAACAAGCUACCGUGCAGCGAGCAGACAUGCUACGGCGUCGAGUGCUGCUGCGGAAGCUGGAGGAGGAAAUUGCUGGUACAGUGAAGGCGAAUAAAGAAGCUCAGGCAGCUGCAACAUCGAAUUCUAGGAUGGCAAACACGGCGAGUUACACACUGGAUCUGAGCAAUGAUCGACUCAAGAUGCUACAGGAACAUCCAGCGGACUGCGUCAAGGAGUUCACGAUUCUUGCUCGAGCACAGUCACUGACCGUCACCUUACCUAUUGUCGACAAUGCGGCAAUGGCCAAAAGCAUUACCGAGACCGCACCAGAACCUCACGAAGUAAAGCAGGCACUGAAGCAUGAUGGCCUCAAUCGUCUACGUGCGUUUGAAGCAUCUCGCGACAAAGACGUCCGAGCGCUGUCCAUCUCCAUCAUUGAAAAGGCUGUGCCUGCUAUUUGGCAUUAA